AUGCGACUUCAAUGGUUUAUCAAUUUAUGGUACGCAUUAUUGAUUAUUGACAGUAUUCAAAAUAACAAUAAUAGUGGUCGAUUCUAUUACUUAUUAAAUGCAUCAAUCAAUGUUGGUCUGCAUUUUUCGAUAAAAAGUAGUCAUGUUAAAAUUGAAUUUCAUAGUGGAACAUAUUUACCUUCUAAUCAUAAUAGUGGUACCAACGGAUUCCGUUUAAAAUAUAGGGCAAGAACACAAGAUACAAAACGAAUUAGUGAAAUUUACACGACUAGUUGGAUUAAUUCAGUUAAUUUAAUGAUCUCGACUGUGAAUAACACAUCUAUUCCUAUUUAUCAAUGGAAUUUUGCCGUUCGUGGCUCAGUGACAAUAAUCAUCGAAGAUGUAACCAUUCAUUCGUUUGAACAAACAAUUUAUAAAGUAUUAAAAAAAAGUGUAUCCAAAAUUGUUCAACGUUAUUGUCAUGAAUAUGAAUGUUUUACACGUGACUCAGAUUCAAUCAGAUCAGAACAUAUAAUUAUUCAAGCGUAUGAAUCACACAAUAGUCGUCAAUUGUACGUAUCAAUGUUUAUAAAAGAUCCCUAUCAUGAUGAAAUCGGAUUGACAAAUGAUCAGUUUUUACGUGCAUUACGUUAUAAUCAACGAGAAUUAUGUCGUGAUAUCAAACAUCAGAUAAAUCUACCAUUAGCAUUUUUUGAACAACAAUCAUCAAUUGAACCUUUAUGGAUUUAUGGAGCGUGUCUAUUAGCCUUUCUCACAAUAGUCAUUAUUGUGGUUAUUUUAGUCAUAGUAAUUAUGAAACGAAGAUUCAGAGCUAACAGUGACUCUUCCGACUACAAUCGAGAGCGGAACCACCAACUGAAUGAACAUGGUGAAAAAUGUUUGCAUAGACUAUUAUCAACACCCGUACGAUAUCUCAGUGACGAAAUUGUCUCUUCAACAGAUAUAAAUGAAACAGAAAGUUCAAAUGCUUCAAAUACAAUUGAUAAUACAAUAGCUAGAAGGUCAUGUAUUCAAAGUAGAAAUGAUACCUCUUAUUUUCAUACCGCAAUUGAAAAUGUUAUUCGUCAAAGAGAUGAUGAUCCAAUACCAUUUAUUGAUGAAACAAUAUCAACAGGUGCUAGUCGAAAAAGUUCAACAUGUUGGAGUGAACGAACAAGUUUAAGUAGUCGAUUUGGAUUACGAUUUAAACGGUUGCAUACUCAUAAUUAUCGAAUUUCUGGUAAUGAAUCCAUAAUACCAUUAGAACACAGUAAUAGAAACAGUAGUUCGAAAGAAAAAUUUUAUAGAUUAAAAACGAACACAAUGAUAAAUCGACCCAUAUGGAACAGAUAUUCAAUACCAUUAAAUAUAGAAUUGAAAACAUCUGACAAAUAG